AUGUCCUGUUGCUACUUUUCGUCUUCUUCUACUACUACUACUACUACUACUAUUACUACUACUACUACUACUACUUCGUCUACGUCAUCAACUUUGUUUACAUUUCUUCUAAUGCUAAUAUACUUUUCAUCACACUCUUUCUACACUUCGCUUUAUUUAUAUCCUUACGUUAUUGCUGUGUUUAGUAACUUUUCUUCAACUCGCCAACUCUUUCUUUCUUCUUUUUCUUGUUUAUUCUUUUUUCUCUUCUUCGUCUUCUUUUUCUUUUUCUUCUUCUUCUUCUUCUUAUUUCUUCGCCUUUCUAUUUGCCUCCUUCUUUUGCUUUGUCUUCUUUCUUCUCCUUUGUCCCCUUCUUCUUCGUCUUUUUUCUUAAUUAUUCUUCCUUUUUUUUUAACUUCUUCUUCUUCUUCUUCUUCUUCUUCUUCUUCUUCUAAUAAUAAUAAUAAUAAUAAUAACCUCUACUUUAUGUUACACUCUUUUCUUCCUUUCGUUUUAGUUUUCUUCCUAAUUCAUUACUUCUUUUUGCAUCUAUCUAUCUAUCUAUCUAUCUAUCUAUCUAUCUAUCUAUCUACUGGGUUUUACAUCUAUCUAUUAUCUAAGUAUUUUAAUAUCUAUCUAUCUAUCUAUCUAUCUAUCUAUCUAUCUAUCUAUCUAUCUAUUUCGCAUCUAUCUAUCUAUCUAUCUAUCUAUCUAUCUAUCUAUCUAUCUAUCUACUCUCUUUACAUCUAUCUAUUAUCUAAGUAUUUUCAUAUCUAUCUAUCUAUCUAUCUAUCUAUCUAUCUAUCUAUCUAUCUAUCUAUGUCUCUUAGUAUCAUCUUCUCAUCUAUCUAUCUAUCCAUCUAUCUAUCUAUCAACUUUCUUUGCAUCUAUCUAUUAUCUAAGUAUUUUUACAUCUAUCUAUCUAUCUCAAUCUAUCUAUCUAUCUAUCUAUCUAUCUAUCUAUCUAUCUAUAUAUAUAUAUAUAUAUAUAUAUAUAUAUAUCAACAUAUUUGUUUUUGUUCGAGUGCCUUUUUUAGCAAAACAUCCAUCACACAAAAACACAACGAUGUAAUCUAUCUAUCUAUCUAUCUAUCUAUCUAUCUAUCUAUCUAUCUAUCUAUCUAUCUGUUGAUAUCUAUCUAUCUAUCUAUCUAUCUAUCUAUCUAUCUAUCUAUCUAUCUAUCUAUCUCUCUCUCUCUCUCUCUAUAUAUAUAUAUAUAUAUAUAUAUGUUCCGCGUCGCAGUGCAGCACGCAUAUAUUUCCAUCCGUAAUACAUCAUUAGAUAUUCAACCGUAUUUUCUAAAGACCGUGCCUUUCGCAUCGUAUCCCGCAAGGACCCACGACAUGCUUCGUGUUGUACUGACUCAGUUCCUACUUGUCAACGGGAACCGAUUGCAGCAACGUUUACCGUUCAUAUAUGAUUUGUAUUUAUUUUGA